AAAUAAUAAUAAUAUAUGUUUUCACAUUAUGCAGAUUAUAGUUGUGCACAUUGCCACAUUUUAUAAAAUAUGAAUAAAAAGAUUAACAUUUGCAAGAUAUGCGACAAGCGUUUUUCAAGUCAUGCAAAUCUUGUCAACCAUAUGAAAACGCAUCAGAAAGGAAAUGUGUAUUUGAAAGCUGAAGAAGGAAACAAAGAAUCUGAUCCUAAAGUGGAGAUGAAACCGAAGAAGAAAAGGAGAAAGAUGAUGGACCGACUGCAGGAGCCAAAGGUGUACACCUGCGAUAUCUGCAGCAAGGCAUUUAAAACAAAUUUUAAGUUAGUACGCCACUCUUACAUUCACUUGGAGGUAAAACCAUUUCCAUGCGAGAUGUGUGGGCGCAGGUUUAGCAGAAAAGAUCACCGUAAUGUUCACUAUAAACUACAUUACAUUGAAAACAAAAACUGCACAUGUCGAGUAUGUGGACAGCUCUUCCAUUCUGAGGCUAAUGUGGUUAAGCACAUUCAAAGGGUCCAUAACGCUAAUAAUGAGCAUGAAGAUGUAAUUUGCUAUGAUUGCGGUGAAACUUUUCAAUAUCAAGCUCAGUUAAAGCGCCACUACAAUCUCUACCAUAAGCUAAGAUAUUAUUGCGAGAUUUGUGGCUGUGAAUCUCUAUCUGAUACUUCCUACCGCCGUCAUAUUAAAAAGCACGUUCUCAGUUUGCCGUAUACAUGCGUAAUGUGCCACAGUAACUUUCUGUCUGUGGAUGCCAUGAGACAGCAUUACUGUGAUGCAGAGCUGAGUACUCCAGUAGCCGAUGUUGUGGUCAGAGUAAUUGUUCGGGAUUCCAUCGAUUUGGAAGAGGAAAUUCAACCUUCGGAUCAGCUGCUGGCUCUGAAGUUGGAAAAGAAGUUUGACAAUCGAGGUCGCAAAUGUAAAUAUCCCAAACUGGAAGACAUGCCGAUGAAAGAAAAUGUAGCUGUAGAAAAUAGUUUUCAAAAUUCUUCUGAACCAAAGUUGUACAUUAUGUCAGAGAAACAAAACAACGGAAGUGGUAAUCAAGUUACAGAUGACCUUGCUCGGGAACUUAAAGAAAUUAGUUCCUCGUUUAAUUUGGAUGUUGACAUGGAAGAAGAUGACGACUCUAUGAUCAGGGAUGCGGGUGAGAAGAACACGGAGGAAGAAGAUGAAGAUUUCAUCCCAGGAGCCGAUUUUUCUUUUGAGUCAAGGCCAAAAUACAAAAGUGUCAAAGGGAAUAGAAUAAAGAAAGGAAAAGUUUAUAGAAGGGAAACAGAUAUGAAAUUAAUUUGCCAAUAUUGUGAUCGGCCAUUUGAAGAAGAAGCAUUAAAACUUGCCCAUGAAGCAGUUCAUACUGAUAUAAACACUGCAAGACAGGGUAAAGGAAAAGGUUUGCUGGGCUGCAAGUUUUGCUCAAAGCUGUUUGUUGACCAGUCUAAGCUUGGUAGGCACUUGAGGAUACACACAGAAGAACGGCCAUUUGUGUGCCAGACCUGCAACAAAGCAUUUUUUCGCAUGGACCACUUGCAAAGACAUGAAAAAAUGCACACGAUUGAAGGAGCAGCAGAUGUGGAUUUGGAACAAUGGAAUCAGUGCCAUAUUUGUGAGGAUGAAUUUGAAACUAUAGAAGAGCUGGAUGUUCAUAGUUCAAUUCACAGUGUGGAGAAAGCAGAUGGCCGUGUUGAUUCUUUGAUUCAUUUGUGUAGUUUUUGUGAUGAAUAUUUCACAGACAUGAAUGAUCUACAGGCUCAUGUUGACCAACAGCAUCCUAAGUGUCCUCAGCUUUUCAAAUGUAGUUUCUGCCCCAGCAGUUUUACCCAUCUAUCUGCUCAGCUUGACCAUCAGUGUUAUUGCGAUGAAAAUCCAUCUCCUAUUAGUUUAGUCAAUGGAAGUAAGAAGACUGAUGUAGAUGUGAUUGAUUUCUUAAACACGCAUAGUGUUUGCAAAUCAUGUGGAUUAAGAUUUGAGUCCAAGCAAGAGCUCACAAAACAUGAGUUUGAAAUUCAUCAACUGGGAGAAUUUUCCUGCAAAACCUGUGAAUUGACCUUCACUGACCAAAACGAAUUGGACCUGCAUGUCACAUCAUUUCAUGAGGCGGUGGAAUCCUUAUCAGCUACCUCUAAGAAAAGUCCUAAGUUUUCAGCUCGCAAAUAUGCGUAUGUCAAACAAGGCAAGGCGAUACACCAAUGCAAACAUUGUUCCGAGUCUUUUAGUUCAAUUCGUGAUUAUCUCAUUCAUAUGAGAAAACACACAUCCAAUCAUGAAGAGAAUGCUUGCUUUGUGUGUGAGGAAAAAUUCCCAACUGAGCAAUCCCUCACUGAACACAUGGCUGAUCAUAAUGAUGUCGUGGUUGAAGUAGGAAUACCCAAGAAUGUUGAACCUGAACAGUUGGAGUGAGGUGUUUAAAAAGCAGAAUUUACAUUCAGGGAUUUAACCUAAUUUUGGUUGCUGUUGUGUUCCGAAAAUAAUGUGCCAUUUGCUCAUUUACAUAUGUGGCGCUUUUUGGCUUAUGAAGUACUCCUCGUGUUUGUUAUAUCUGAAUAGUUAAGGUGUUUAUUUCGUUGCGACAUGUUACAUUGUUGUUAUUAUGACUUAAGCAUUAUUGUGUACAUUUCCCUCAAAUUAGGAACAAAUAUAACAUUUAUUGUAGUUGUAGAAGUUGGGUAAAUAUUAACUUCUACCCUGUACUGCCUUAAAAGUGCUGUUGUGUGCUAUAUCAUUAUUUCACUCAUUAGCAAACGUGUUAAUAUAACCUAAUGGUAGCAUUGCAAACUAUUUGUAUAUAAACUCAAGUUUGUACAGCUUUUUCAACAAAAUAUUCAAGUUUUUCUCAUAGUUUUGUUUUUUGACCACAUAAAAAGGAGUAACAAGGAAUAUUGUACUAUGAAAUAUGAAUAUGUUAAAGAUUUUGUUAAAGGAACUAUGUUCUUAA